AUGGCUUCAUACGAAUUGGACCCCGCUAGUCGCGAGACUUCGGCCAAGGAUCGCGAUCAUCAUGAGCUGGUGCGAUUGGGCAAGAAGCCAGUGCUGAAGCGAACGUUUGGCAUCCUCUCUAUCCUUGGUUUCAGCUGCACUAUUCUGGCGACCUGGGAGGGACUAUUAGGGACGUUCGUGAUCCCACUGCAAAAUGGUGGAUCGGCCGGUGCUGUGUAUUCGUAUAUCCUGGUGUGGAUUGGCACAGCCUGCUGCUUUGUGGUUCUCUCCGAGAUGGCGUCUAUGGCUCCCACAUCCGGUGGCCAGUACCACUGGUGCGCCAUGUUGGCUCCGUCGCACAUGAUGAAGUUCCUAAGCUACAUGACUGGCUGGCUCACCGUCAUCGGAUGGCAGGCGGCUUUUGCCUCUGCCUCGUACUUAUGCGGCACCGAGAUCCAGGGUGUCGCCAUCAUGGCCUAUUCCAACUAUAAUCCGCAUCCCUGGCAUGGGACAUUGAUCCUCUGGGCUGCGGUAACACUGGCUCUGGCGAUCAAUCUGGCUGGGGGUAAAUUGCUACCACGGUUAGAGACAUUGGUGUUGGUUGUGCAUGUCUUGGGCUUCUUCGGCGUGCUGAUUCCCCUGACUUACAUGGCGAACCACAAAUCCGCCCAUGAGGUGUUCAAAGAGUUCCACAACGGUGGCAAUAUGCCAGCCGACGGCAUCUCUUUCUUCGUCGGCAUGACCGGAUGCGUCUUCUCUUUUGCUGGUGGCGAUGCCGCCGUGCAUAUGGCCGAAGAAGUGAGCAACGCCUCGGUGAUCAUCCCACGGGCUAUUCUUAUGAGCGUGUUGAUCAACGGAACACUGGGAUUUAGCAUGUUGAUUGCGACCUUGUUCUGCAUGGGCGAUGUCGACGCGGCGCUCAAUUCCCCGACGGGCUUCCCCUUCAUGGAGAUCUUCUACCAGGCGGCGGACUCGGUGUCAGGUGCAGUGGGAAUGUCCUCUAUUCUGCUAAUCAUCGCCGUCUGUUCCGUGAUUGGCAUGUUGGCCGCCACGUCGCGCCAGUUUUGGUCGUUUGCGCGAGAUCGAGGCAUUCCGGGGUGGCGGAUCUGGAGUCGAGUACGCUUCCUUAUGUCUUCUACUAUUUACCUGAACUAA